AGCAGAUUCAUUCCAUCAGACGUAGCUUACCGACGAACGACGAGGGCUGCGCUCUCGGCGCCACCGUAUUAUACUAACCUCAGGUACCAACUAACAGAACAGGUAGUUAAUAGCAGCAGAUAAAUGACAUUCGAUUGACUCCACUCUGAAUUCAAAGGUCCUUUCUCCUUUCUCUUCUGCAGAACGAGGUCUUACUAUCGGUAUUGUUUCAAGACGGCAGCCCACACACGUAUUCUCGACACGACACGAUAUUCGGUUGAUUCGUCUGUACUCUCGACUUCGAGACACCAGACCAGCCAUAACAAUCAUGUCUUUAUCAAUGGCAAAGACGAUCGUCACCCCCAAGAAAUCAACACCCGCUGAGCCGCCAGUCACGGACAGCCCAGGCACAUGGCAACACCCGCGUCUGCAAGAAAUUAUCCGGCGGCAGGAGGCCACUACAUUCACCGAUGGGAACGUCAAGCGCAUCGCCGUUAAUGUCGUCGUGCUCAUAGCAUUGAUACUUCUCCAUUCUCUUCUGGCGCGGGUACUACCAUCUAAGAAAUCGUUCCCCUACGCCGUCUGGAAUUAUUCGCGAUACGCGUAUUGGACAGUUCUUGCCAUACCUCUCUUCAACAUCGGCACGAAUCUCCUGCCUCUGCUCAGGCCCAAAGAUGAUCUAUCCGAUAUCCCCCUAACCCCCGCCCAGCGAAAACUACUAGGCCUACCACCGACCUCCGCGCCGCCUACUCCAGGCUCCGCAUACAGCACGCCGCCCCGCUACUCCCGAACCCCUUCAAUCUCCGGGUCUGCGGGCAGCAAGCGCAGCUUCUCCAGCUCUCCUCGCAGCUCUGUCUCUAACUUCGGCAGUUCUAAUGGAUUCAAUGGAAAUGGAAGUUUCGCCGGAUUAGCGUCUCCACAGAGCCCCCUACUACAGAAAGCCAUGAACGGUGCGCGCCGCUCUUCGAUAAGCUCCCUAGGAUCGCCUAGUCCUAUGGGUGCCAGCACAGGAUUCUCCUCGUUCUACGGCGGAGUCCCCGACAGCCCCAGCCCCAGCCCUGCAAGCGGGAAGAGAAGUACGGUUGGGUUGAACAGCAAGUGGCUGUACGAGAGGGGACGAGACCGCAGAAGUUCAUCAGGCAACGCGUGGUUAUAUAACUAGGGGAGAGGAUAAGCAAUGUAAGGUAUAAUGCGAAAUACCAGCUUUCGCUACACUCAUGAGCCGCGCGCGUGUGAAAAUUAAGUAUAGACGUCAAUACAGACGAGACUAAUGCAACGCGGGAUAUGUUAUAGCAUAUUGGAGUUUUGUGGACGUAACUGAGGUUUGCCACGGCGGAAUAAGCCCGGAGUUGUCUGUUGCUGGUUAUCAUAGCAAGUGCAUAAAGAGUUAAUCGUGGUCCUGGUAAGAGGCAGCUGUGUAUGUCUUGUCCCAUUUAGUUACCUACUAGCAUAUCAAUAUCAAAAUGAAAUGACCAGUUGAUAUGCUAAGAGAUACGAUAGUUACU